AUGGCGGCAGUGGAGCGGAAAUAUCGGUGGCCAUUGAAACGCGGACCGAUUCGAAAAGCUGAGGUUUUCAACGACACGAAGAUCACGAUAACCGGAUUGAACGCGGUCACCACUUAUCGAUUCCAAGUGUUCGCCGAGAACGGUGUCUCGGCGUUGGCCGGCAAGUCGGAAUACGUGGACAUUACCGUGACCACGGAUGCAAGCGUGCCCAGUUUGGUGAGCAACGUGAGGAUCACGAGCGUGAAGAGUUCCGAAUUGAGCAUCAGUUGGGACGCGCCGAUAACCGAAGGCGGGGACAGUGAUCUGGUUGAAAGAUACGAAGUGAGGUGUUAUCCGCGUUACGACGACGCGACCAACGCCACCGUCAUCCAGACCUCGGAAUUGUCGGCGACGUUCAAGGGCCUGAAACCGUCCACGGACUACGCGAUACAAGUUCGAGCGAAAACUACGCGAGGUUGGGGCGAGUACACGCCCGUCGUUUACAAGAAGACGCCUCACGCUAUGGGAUUAGAUUACGUCGGGGAGGACGACAAUAUGCAAGUGAGGAUCAUAGCUGGAGCUAUAGUUGCUGUGGUGGUUCUUCUCGUCAUCAUCAUCAUCAUGACCGUUUUGAUUUUGAGAAGCAGGGCCUCGGACGAAUGCAACAAGAAACAGCCGAGCGAUUGCGACACUUUGGAGUAUAGAAACGGCGAAGGACUAGUUGUGACCUACAUGCACUGCAAAAUGGACAGUUCACCGAUUGUGACAACCCACACCAACAACAAGAGCAAGUCCUCGCGUAACCACGCGGCUGCCGCACAGGCCGCGGCAGCGGCCGCUGCGAUUCCAACUGCCGCGGCAACGGGUCCGUUCGUAGAUGUAGUCGGCCAUCAAGCCCAGUCGACGAUUGCCGUUCCAGUAAUGCCACCAGGAGCCGGCCGUAGCUUACACUAUCACACACACGCAGCCACACACGCAUUGCCACAACAGCCACCGCUUACCUAUCCCAAUUGGGUCCCGUUCACUCACUUUGGUUGAUAAUCGAUCGUUUAUCGUUUAUUCUGCGUGGCGAGACAUAGUGUUUCACUAAUUCGUUU